AGAUACUUACAGAAAAACUACGGUUGUAAUUUUGAAUCUACCUUAUCAACAAGUGGAAUAUUUUGGAAUUCCAGCAGUGUGGCAGUUAAUUCUAGUGACAGUUUGUGGUGUGAAAACGAAGGCUAAAAUAAUGGGCUAUAAGCCCAAAUACAAGAAGUUAAAACCAGAUGCUGUGCCAACAAUAUUUAAGGAAACACUUGACCAAAAAGAGAGAGAACGUAGCCCAAAGCAAAAAAAAAGGAAGGUUAUGAGCAAAAAAGAAAAAAAGACCUCUUUGGGAAUCUUUUUUAACAUGCAAGAAAAACUUCCUGUCCAGGAAAAGGAAGAACCUCCAGAUUGGGAAGAAAAAGAACUCCCGUGUGACGGAGAAGAAAUUUCUCAGAAAAACAACAAUUUUUGGCAGAAGCUUUCCAAAGCUUGUCUUAUUGUCUUGUCAGAUGAGAAAGAGACUAAAGAUGAUCCCACUUCUCUUUCUCCAAAUGCUGAAUCAGCUAUCUGCAAUGACAAACCACAUAAGUUAACUUCCAUAUGCACUUCUGAUAGGAGCAAACCCAAUGAAAAGGAUGUUUCUGCAGACUCUGGCGAUCUCGAAAAAGUCUCGGAUGAAGAGGACAAUCAGCUAUUUGAUGAACAUCUUCAAUUAGAGAGUUCUUCAGAUUCUCAAGAAGAGGUAGACCAAGAAGAUACUGAUAAAGUUGUCAGAGAUUAUGUUUCUGACAGAAGUGAAAAAGUAGAUGAAUUAAACACUUCUGAAGAAAAUCUUGUAAAAGAAAGUUCCUGUAACAAAACCCAGAAACGAGCCUUCUCACCCGUACAUGAAAAAUCUAAAAAACAAAAAUUUAGUGAAAACAAAAAUGAAGAUCUGUACAAAGUUAAUACUCCAUCAAGAAAAGAUCAGUCAGUCAACAUAGUGGACUUAAAUCCAACAGUAGUUAGAACUGAAGAAGAAACUGUAACACAUCCAAACAGUUUAAAAAGUAAACCUCCUGAGCUGCUUGAGAAAGUUACUACCUCCUUAAAAAAUUCUGAAGAAUUUACAGCUCCCAUUGAAAAUAAUAACUUAUCUAACACUUACCAGAAUUCUGAGGUAAGGACAAGUAAAGACUUCAGUGAAGAAGUAAAGAAUGAGAAAAACUUGUCAUCUUCAAGUGAUCAAGCAGAACAUGACAGUGAUCAAAGUAAUAAGGAUUGUAUUACUGAAGAAGCUGUUGAAGGGGAAAUGAAAGUUCCAACGAAAAAUGGAAUAGAUUAUGAAAGCUUAGCCAGUAAUGAAACAGUUAAACAUGAAAAUGUAUUGACCAAAUCUAUGCUUGAGCAACUUGUGAGUGAAAAAAUUCUAGAGUUUUUAUCAGAAGGAAGUAAAACUGAGAUUGCCAGAUUAAAACAGAAGUGUCUUACUUUAGAGAAAUCUGUGGAAAGGUGGAAAAAGAAAGCACAACAACUUCAAAAACAUAUAGCAAAGGUUUUGAGUGGGAAAAGAAACUGUGCUGGAUCUUGGAAAGGCAAGGUAGCAACAAGAUCUGUGGGGCUGUAUGUAAGAAUGCCAUCAGGUGGAAUUGCAAGUCCUUUAAAUCAAAUCAAACAAGCAGGAAUUGUACCAACUUCUGGAAAGCUACUUUUUAAGCCAUCAAGUAAAACGUCCACAUCACUUGUGAAGACUUCAAGUGUAUCUCCAAUCGUUGAAAAAGUACUCUUCACAACUCAAAACGUUAAUGGAAAAACACAGGAUACUGGAACGAGAUCUUCCUCUCUUCCCCCCAUACCUAUCCAUUUGAUUGCUAAUGCAGCAACCUCUCAGGCAACCACGGUUACAACACACAGACCAAUGGAAACAACUUCUUCCUCUCACUCAAUUGUCAAAGUCAUUGAUCUGGCUAGAGAAGAGGAGAAAAACUCAAAAUCAGCCAGUUCAAUCACAUCCGUUCCUAAAGUUUCAACAUCUACUACAAACUCGGUUGUCAAGCCUUCUCCCCAAGGAAGUAGUUUAUCAAGCACUAUUCAGAUUGGGCCAUCUAGUGGAGUAGUCAGCAUGCCUACUAUCUAUAACUCGGUGCCAUCUGUGGUACGAGUUAUUCCAGCAGGUGCCCCGAUUUCAUCUUCUUUCCUUUCCUCAACUGGGACAACUUUAAGGCUGGCUAGAUCAUCUUCCUCAGUACUUUCUCAGGGUAUACCGCAAGGAACGAAGGUCACUUACCUAAUUCCUGCUUCUUCAACAGCUUUGCUGAGUAAAAAGAUCGAAUCUCCCCCACUUCUCACAUCAGCAGUUACUUUCUCAUCGUCUUCGGGAAUUACCAGUAGUGCUCGACAACCACUACAGACUUUCUUGGUUCGCAUGGCAUCACCUCAGUCUGGAGUUGUACCCAGGUUACUUCAGACGGUAAACAGCCCAACCGUGACUUUACGGACUAUUGUGCCAAAUUCAGCUGGAAGUGUCGUAACAACAGUAGCAUCUAGCACCACCACUCCACAAAAAACAACUUCAGAUGCAGUGUCUCUUUUGGUAGCAACUCCUGGAAGAACCCAAAGCACAGUUACUUCUACUGUUACUAGUGGCACUGUAAUGAUAUCUUGUAUAUCCCAGCAUCCAGCUCCACUUCCUGAGGCUGUAUUACCUUCAGAUGUUAAGGGUCUUCCACCUAAGCCUGCCCUAAAGGCAUCUAGGGUGGUGAAUGGUAUCGUCCUGUCAUGGAACAUGAUGUUGAACUCUUCCUACCCUACUGUUGUCACCUACCAGCUCUAUGCUUACCAGGAAGGUGCAGGACCCCCAAAUACUAGUAUGUGGAAGAAAGUAGGGGAUGUGAAAGCCUUGCCCCUGCCUAUGGCCUGCACUCUGACCCAGUUUGUAGAAGGACACAAAUAUCAUUUUGCCGUACGAGCUGUAGAUGUUCAAAAGCGUAUUGGAGCAUUCAGUAAUCCAGCAUUUAUAUUUCUUUCAAAGCAAGCUAACAGUACCUCGUCAUGAUGUGCUACAGAAUCGUUCAUUCAUUCUAAUAAACCCUUUACGAGGGAGAGUAAUAUAAAAAACAAAUCAUAUUUGAACUUUUCAUCUUUAUUUCAGACUGCUGAAGGUGUAUUAUAAAAUUAAAACAUUUCAUUUGAGACGUGUUUUGUAACGUGUAAUUACCAUGUUGUUUUCAGCAAAUAAAGGUUAACAUGUUUACUUUA